UCAACUAAAAAUACAUCUGUUUCAUCUAUGCCUUAAAGAUCGUCUAGCUAGAAAUUUUGAAUAUUUGCCUUCAACUAGAAGGCAGCAGUGAUGAGUUUCAUAGUAUUUUUAACCCUUGCCUUGUCAUUCCAUGUCUCCCAAGCCCAAACCCCACAACAACAAUAUCUAGCCGCACAUAAUGCAGCUCGUGCCGAGGUUAAUGUGGGAGCUCUCGUAUGGGAUGAUAACGUUGCAGCAUAUGCUGCCAACUACGCUAACCAGAGAGCCGGUGACUGUCAACUUAUUCAUUCUGGUGGCCGAUAUGGAGAGAACCUCGCAGGGAGUUCUGGAAAUCUUGCCAUAGGUCGUGCUGUAAACUUGUGGGUAUCCGAGAAAACUAUGUACGACUACCAAUCAAAUUCAUGUCAAGGAGGAGACUGUCGACACUAUACACAAGUAGUUUGGAGAAACUCUAUCCGCCUUGGGUGUGCGAGUCGGACUUGUAAUAACGGUGGUACCUUUGUCAUAUGCAGCUAUGAUCCUCCAGGAAAUUGGGCAAGACAACGUCCUUAUUAGACCUGAAAUGUGGUUCUCUCUAAUACUUAAGUACAGACUUCAUAUAAAACCUACCAGUAAUAAAAGACCUAGCUAAUACGAUUAGCUUUAGGGUAUUCCAGUAUCAAUAAGCUUUUAAUGGCAAUUAUAUGUACACUGUUCUUGUACUGUUGUUGUACUGCAUGUAUGUGAUUUCAUAGUGAAAAAUGUAUCUUAUUUAUAUAUAUAAUUGUUUUGGUUUAAU